UAGGACUCAGUCUGUGCCAAAGCGUAUUAACUUCACCCUUCAAGGCUUGUUUUGUGAAUGUUGUUCCCUGAAACCGACAUUUUGUGGUCUUGUGUAUCUUAUUAGUUAUGAUGAGUCCAUCAUAGUAUCUUCUUCCUCUUAAUUUGUUUCUCUCUCUCUCCAAAUGUCAACUUGUUAAAGUGGUCACCAACUAAUUAGAGUUGACUUAUUUAAGCCAACGAACUUGUAGAUCCUUUCCCAUGUCUCAGCAGCCAACUACAAACUUUUAUGGAGAGAGAGAGAAAGAUAGAUCGUGGCCAAAAUAAGAAAAGACCCUUGGAAAUAGUCCUAAUCUGAAGCUUCUCUACACGUUAACGAGAAGAAAAAAAAGAAAGGCAUGGGAAUAGUGAGUCGUGGGAGAGAUGAUGAUGCAAUGUUUAGAUGGAUUAAAGCACUUAUCCUUAAUUCUGUUGACUUGUUGUGAUGCUGAUCCUACUCCCAAGGGUCGUCAGAACCCUAAGGAUGUGGCUAGAGGCACUGUGUUUACUGUGAAUGAAAUUGAAGCUCUUUACGAACUGUUCAAGUAUAUUAGCAAAGACGGGCUUAUCGAUAAGGAACAUUUUCAAUUCGUACUAUUCAAGAUAAACACAACAAGAAGCCUUUUUGCUGAUAGGGUGUUUGACUUAUUUGAUACCAAGCAUACUGGGAUUCUAGAUUUUGAAGCCUUUGCUCGUUCUCUUUCCGUCUUUCACCCCAACGCUAAAUUUGAGGAUAAGAUUGAGUUUUCUUUUAAGCUGUACGAUCUGAAGCAGCAAGGGUCUAUAGAGCGACAGGAGGUGAAGCAAAUGGUGGUGACGACUCUAGCUGAAACUGGCAUGAACCUUUCUGAUCAUGUGAUUGAGAGCAUCAUAGACAAGACUUUUGAAGACGCUGAUACUAAAAAGGACGGCAAGAUCGAUAAGGAAGAGUGGCGGACUCUUGUAUUGCGCCAUCCCUCUCUGAUACAGAACAUGAGCCUUCAACAUCUCAAGGACGUAACGAAGACGUUUCCAAAUUUUGUAUUUCACACUAUAGUGUCAGACAAUCCUAGUGAGCUGGAAGCAUAUGGAUGUUAAGGGAUAUGAAGAAAGAUCAAAACCUUUACAAGAUUCAUACUUUCUCCUAUAUUUCUUCUCCAGUAGUCCAUUAUUUUUAACAAAUACAAGAUCAAAAACGUUUUGAAAACUACAUUGUCUCUUCACAGGUUUGUUAUCCGCAAACUUGUCCCGUUUAUCUUAUCUGUUGGAUUGUGCAAGUUGAUAAUUUUACUUGGCAUUAAGAGAUUAUGAUA